AUGUGUAUUUUAAAACAUAUUUUAAAUGCGUUUUUCCUUUUAUUCUUACUGUUAAGUCCCAUUUUAGCUGAAUGGAACACUAGGGAUUAUAUUCGACGAGAGCAUUCACUUACAAAACCUUACCAAGGUAGUGGUAUGUCAGUGCCGUACUGGGACUUCUUAGGUAAUACGAUAGUUACAACAAAUUAUGUACGUUUAACGCCCGAUAUGCAGUCGAAAGCCGGUGCUAUCUGGAAUACUGCGCCAUGUUACACACGGAAUUGGGAGUUGCAAGUGCAGUUCAAAGUUCAUGGUCGUGGCAAAGAUUUGUUUGGAGAUGGCUUCGCCAUCUGGUAUGUUCGUGAUAGGAUGCAGACUGGGCCUGUCUUUGGCAGCAAAGAUUAUUUCCAAGGACUAGCAAUCAUACUUGAUACUUACAGCAACCAUAAUGGUGCCCAUAACCAUCAACAUCCCUACAUAUCGGCGAUGGUGAACAACGGCACUCUCCACUACGAUCAUGACAGAGACGGUACACAUACUCAGCUUGCUGGAUGUGAGGCAAAGUUCCGUAACUACAACCACGAUACCCAUCUCUCUAUUAUAUACAAGGAUGAUACACUUGUUGUAUCAACAGACUUGGAAGGCAAAAACGCAUGGAAGGAGUGCUUCAAAGUGGAGAAUGUACUGCUUCCAACAGGUUAUUUCUUUGGUGCUUCGGCAACUACUGGUGACCUCAGCGACAACCAUGACAUUAUAGCUGUUAAGAUGUAUGAAUUGGAUCUGCUUGAUUCGCAAAACAAAGAUGAAGACAGAUCGCACAUAAUACCCUCAGCGGCCUCGUUCGAAGCACCGAGGGAACGUAUAGAGGACUCCAAGCCAGCCAUGUCCGGAGUAAAAACUUUUCUUUGGAUGAUGUGCUGUGCCAUUAUUGUUAUCGUUCUCGUUGUUGUAGGCAUUAUGUGGUACCAAAAGAGGCAAGAAAAUUCUAGAAAAAGGCUCUAC